AUGGAGGUAGAGGCCAUGAGUAGGUACACCAGUACGGUCAACCCGGCUGUCUUCCCACACCUGACUGUGGUACUUCUGGCCAUCGGCAUGUUCUUCACCGCCUGGUUCUUCGUCUACGAGGCCACCUCCACCAAAUACACAUGUGAUAUUUACAAAGAGCUCCUCAUCUCCUUGGUGGCCUCACUCUUCAUGGGUUUUGGAGUCCUCUUCCUUCUGCUCUGGGUUGGCAUCUGCGUAUGA